AUGUCUCUACAUGACCCCAUCUUGGUCUUUUUCCUCCUCUCAGAACUUAUCCUCGGGGUCCUGGGGAACUCAUUCCUCUUCUCUCUGUCGGUGCAUAGCUGCCUGCGCCGGCCUCCCCUGAGGAAGCCCAUCCACCUCCUCCUCGCACACCUGUCCCUCACCAAUGCCUUGAGCACUGUGUUCAGGCUGACCCCGGAUGUCAUGUCCUUCUUUGGAGGCACCCAGCUUUUCCUUCUGUCUGACCCAAGCUGCAGGGCCCUGCUGUACGCUUACAGUGUUACCCGGGCCCUGAUCAUCAGCACGCUGUCGCUGCUGACGGCCUUCCAAGCCGUCACCCUCUACCCCGGCCAUCUAGACUGGGCCUGGCUGAACUGGAAAGCUCCUUCCUUCGUCUUUCCCACCUGCCUUUGCCUCUGGAUCUUCAACUUGCUUCUCUACCUCCCUGUGCUCAACCACGUCCACAUGCAAGGCAAUUCUUCCAGCCCUGCUUCUGCCUUCCCUCAGGCGCCCUGUGAAAGCAGCCAGCUGCGUUAUCACACCACCAUGGUGCUCUUAUGUGUCAUGACCACGCGAGACGUCUUCUGCGUGGUCCUCAUGAGCGCCGCCAGCCUCUACAUGGUGACAUUCCUCUACACACACCGCCAGAUAGCCCUGCACCUGCACAGCCCCAGACUGGCCUCCCAGCUGCCCCCCGAGAUCAGAGCCACCUACAGCAUCCUCACGCUGGUUGCUUUCUUCGGGUCCCGGUCCCUUGUUGGCCUGGUGAUGAGUGUCAUUGAUUAUGAGAAUUUGGGACUCAUGGGAGUGUGCCACCUGUAA